CAGCUCUAUAUAUCUCUAGAUCUUUCUUACCUCUCGUUCGCAACAAACACCCUUCGCUCUCUCAUAUAUCUUCGAAUUCUCUCUCUCUCCUCAUAUAUAUAAGACUCAAUUUCUUCAAAUUUGUUACAAUUUUACAUAUAAAAUACCGUUAAUUUCAAAUUCUUGGCGCUUGAUUUCUCAACCGUUUGAUAUAAAGUUCUUAAUUUAUAAACCCUAAUUUUUGGAUUUUCUUAUUAAUCAGCUUGUGCUAGAAGGUUUUAGUGUGAAUUGGACGAAAGAGAAGAGAGUGCGGGUAAAAGUAUAAAUGGCAGAACAAGGCUUGGAAGGUAGCCAACUGGUCGAUUUGUUGAGGCAUCCAUCUGGGAUUGUCCCAACUCUUCAGAACAUUGUCUCAACUGUCAAUUUGGACUGCAAGUUAGAGCUUAAAGCGAUUGCAUUGCAAGCUCGUAAUGCAGAGUAUAACCCAAAGCGUUUUGCUGCAGUGAUUAUGAGGAUAAGGGAGCCAAAGACAACUGCCUUAAUCUUUGCUUCUGGCAAAAUGGUCUGUACUGGAGCUAAGAGUGAGAAUCAGUCAAAACUAGCAGCUCGCAAGUAUGCUAGAAUCAUUCAGAAGCUUGGAUUUCCAGCAAAAUUUAAGGAUUUCAAGAUUCAAAAUAUUGUUGGAUCAUGUGAUGUUAAGUUUCCUAUCAGACUGGAGGGGCUUGCAUAUUCUCAUGGUGCUUUCUCUAGUUAUGAACCAGAACUAUUUCCUGGCUUGAUUUACCGAAUGAAGCAACCCAAGAUUGUGUUGCUUAUAUUUGUGUCUGGGAAAAUUGUUCUCACAGGAGCUAAGGUGAGAGAAGAGACUUAUACUGCAUUUGAGAACAUAUAUCCAGUGCUUACCGAGUUUAGGAAAAGCCAGCAAUGAUACUUAUCAUGAAAUCAAGGGAGUUGCUGAGCAACAUCUAUUCUAGGACUUUUCAAUGCUUCAUCAACUUAAUUGUAAAUAGAUGAAAGGAGAUCUUGGUGCCUGCUGCGGAUUCAAUGAUGACUUAUAUAUGCGUGGCUGUGGGUGUCACUCAUGAAAACAUUUUUUUUUUUUCCAUUUCCCCCUUCCCCUAGAUGGUAUAAGCUUCACAAACUCUAGUGUCAAAACAGCAACUGAUAAUGAGAAUUACAUAAAUUUUGGAUCAAACUCUUUUAGAUGGUUGUGUAUUGCUUUGUCCUCUUUUUCA